AUGGCGGGGGCCUCUGUCAUCUGCCCUCUCCUCGCCCUGUGUGUCUCCCCCGGCAGGGACCGCCGCCAUCGCCACACGACCACCACAUUCCUUGUCCCCAGAAGAAGAGCUAAGCCCGACGUCAUAUCCCGAAUCCACCCCGCGGCCUCACCUCAGAAGAAUCCCGUCCCCGAGUUUAAACCUGUAGAAAAACCUGAUAGAGACAAUGAGAAACCCGAGGAUUCAGUUCGUCCUAACCGUACGUCUCUACCGAGAUCGGUCAAGCAUCUAUUGGAUCGGAUUCGGUACUCACACUGCGUUAGGAAAUGUAUCUUAUAUUUUUACAAACUUCUGAGAAUAAUUUGAGUAAAUUGUGUCAUUUAGUCCGUUUCAGAUGGAGGAUUGGAAUUUUUUAUUUUUUAUUUCGUAAAUUCGCAGGAAUAACUUGAAGGUGGAUGAGAUCGGUCUUGAUGUUAUUUCAAUCGCCUUGCCCGCUGUAUUAUCCCUGGCUGCGGAUCCUAUUGCAUCGUUAGUGGAUACUGCGUUCGUUGGCCAUCUGGGUGGGUUCAUGCUUAGUAGUAUCACUGUGAACAAAUACUAACCCCCCUCUCGCAUGCUACCGUGCUUAGUAACGCUGAAUUUCCACCACGUUGUCUUAAUUCCGAUUAUUUUUAAGCAAUUUUUUCCCCAUUUCGGUCGUACAGGUUAAAUUCGUUUCCAGUUUCUUUAUUAGCCGUUCUCACCUAAUUGGUUUCCAUUUUGCAUAGGUUCUGCGGAGCUCGCUGCUGUCGGAAUAUCUGCUUCGGUGUUCAAUUUGGUCUCCAAAUUGUUCAACGUUCCAUUACUUAAUGUGACUACAUCAUUCGUUGCUGAAGAACAGGCCUUGGAAAAAGGUGAAAAAAGGUUUUUGCUGCGCGCCAACCCGAGUAUGAAUCGUUGUUUUGCUUUGAAUAUUUACGUCUAGUUUGUGACAAAUUUUUGGGAUGGAAUAUUUUCUUCAAGAAUCAGUGUAUGAAGAUGAUCAAAGCAAGAAGUACCUUCCUGCUGUGUCAACAUCUUUGGCUUUGGCUGCUGGGGUUGGGAUCUUGGAAGCUAUAGCGCUCUCCAACGGGUCAGGUUUCCUAAUGAACAGUAUCGGUGUAUCUGCUGUACGUCAAUGCCUACUCAGUUGAUUGCAUAUUAACCUGUAUUUCAUUUUUUUAAAAAUCGUAUUCAUUUGUUAGUACUGAACUUUAUGAAAAUCAUUAUCGGUGGUCUUCCAUGUUCAUAGUAGGUAGUGACUUUGUCCCAUGUACAGUCCUUUUUUUUUCAGUUCAACACUAUAUUUCUGGUGAACACAAAUUUCGUAUUUUAUUAUGAUUAUUAAUGGGCCACAUGCUCGUCAUAAAAAUUAUACACACUACAUGAGCUUAAUUUCCAUUUGAACUGGAAAUUUGACAGUUUUACAGGCGGAGUGAGUGUUGAUUUCAAUGUGAAAGGUGAUCAGAAAAAGAAUAGUUAAUUCAUUGGUGAGUACAACCUUUACUGCAGAAUCAAAUCUGAUUGAAACAAGAACUGUUGGUUCAGUUAUAAGUAAACCUUCACAUAGUCUGUUAUACUGCGCCUUAACCUUUCAACCAGAACCUCCUAGGAACCUAAUGUCACUAUGGAAUUCUCGAAGUGCUAAGAAAAUAGUCCAAAGCACGCCAAUCAAUACCUAUCUAGUUGAGGCUACAUUACUUUUGGGAAACAAACGUUGAGCUCAAGUUCCAAAGUACAGAUGAUUGUGGAAGGGUGACUAUCAUAAUAUUACUGAAACUUUGAAAACUUCAUGAGCAUCUCCAUACGCUGUGAUUUUUUAAACAACAUCAUAAGCUAAACCUGUCUAGAAGGCAGGCUUGUUUUGAUGGAAUAGAUGCAACUGUAAUAUUCUGGGGGGCACAUAUUAGGUUAGGUGUUACUUGCUUGGAGAAUAAUUUGUGGGAUUAGAAAAGUCUUAUUUUCGUUCAGAGCAAGUGUUCUGGAGUGCAUAUGGUCUUGGUUUACAGGGGGCAUUCGUAAUAGAGACAUUCAUUAUGCCAAGAGAAAUUUCUUCAGGAAAAGAGAACUAUUUACCGUAAGAACAAAUUAAAAUAUGGAUUUUCGGAUGUUGAAACUUUUCCCCGUGCUGUCUACACGAAUGUUGUAUCACUUUCGUGUGAUCGUCCUUCUCUGCAGAUAAUCUAGUUGUCCAAUGGCUUGCGCUGGGGUAAUGCUGGAUUUUGCGAGGGGAAAUGGUUUAUAUAGAUAAAGUUGGCUUCAUCGUUGCUGUAGCCAUUUUCUUCAAUGAUAUGCCAUCAUCUGAUCUUAACCUUGGGUAGAUGUCAGUAUGUGUUUCUGAAGAGUCUAAGGACACUUAAGCCAGAAAAGUACAGUGAAAGGCCAUUUAAGCGCCACAUUUCUUCUAAUGUUGCUGUAUGGCCUUGGAACCUUGAUUGUGUUCUGUUCCAUACAUGAACAUUUUCUUCAGGAUUUGCAUCGAUUUUUUUUGCCAAUGAAAUAAUUUCGUGGAUACAUUCAUCUAUGCUAGUUUUAAUUAUGUCUGUCACUUUGUAUUUAUGUAAUUUCAUGUGUAUUUCUUUGAAUAGUCAAUACCUGCGAUGUUGUUUCACUUGGCCCAGUUAGUUUAAAGCUAAUUUAAUUUGAUUAUCAAACUUAGGAAAUAAGUAGUAGAUAUUAAAUAUGCAUUUAAGAUAUUCAGUUUAGCUGAUGAAAGAUGUACUUACAUUUGUGGUUUAACUAGGACUCUCCGAUGCGAGCUCCAGCUGAGCAAUUUCUUACCUUUAGAGCAUGGGGUGCUCCGCCUAUAGUGAUUGCACUUGCUGCACAAGGAGCUUUUCGCGGAUUUAUGGAUACCAAGACGCCUCUGUUUGCUGUAGGUCAGUAAAUGAGUGAUAGAUGUGGUUUCAUUUUCUGUCAUAAGAAAUUUAUGCUAACAGUUAGCUUCAGAAAAAUGUAGGUUAAAAAGGAGAAUAUUAUUAUGGAUGCCACUUUCCCAGUUUUUAAAACAUGUGCCAAUGCUAUUAUGUUUACCGAUAUCACAUAACUUUAGGACUUCAAGAAAACCUAGGCUGGCCCUAAAGGAUUCAAUUUUUUUUUUUUUUUUUUUGGUAUAGUUCAGAUGAGAUGGAUAUUGAUAGUGUAAAGAGGGCAUCUUGGACAACCUUGUCAAACUUUUACUUUAAUUUUCUAUUAUUAUCCAGGUGAGCAUUGGGCCAGUCUGGCUUUAGCUGUCUUAUCAAGCCCAUUGAUACCUCUGAAUACACUGGUUAACCGAGCUUUCAAAAUGUCAAAAUUUUAUAGAAAUGUUUACUUUCCUUAUUAUGUGUAACUCCUUUAUGACAACUUUGCAAAAGAUUUCAUUGAAAAUAUUGCCACAUUGGUCCUGAUUCUGUGGCUGUUACUGCCUACCAUAUGCUCAUCUUUGAUUAUCAGGUAUUGGGACCUUGCUAAAUGGACUAUUGGAUCCCAUUUUGAUAUUUCUCCUUGGUUUUGGCAUUGAAGGUGCUGCAAUUGCUACUGUACUAUCGGAGUAUGUUGACUUUACUAUACUCUUGUCAUGAUUAUUGUGUUCGCGUCUGGCAUUAUUUGGUUCUAUGUUCUAUAAAAAGAAUACAUCUCUUAUUCUCUGUUCCACGAAUUCUUUAUUUUCAUGCCAUAUCAUUAUGUCCAUGUUGUUAACUAUUUUGAUGAUGGCAUCAGGUACCUGAUUGCUUUUAUCCUCAUCUGGAACCUGAACAAAAAUGUUUUACUUAUUCCAUGGAACAUUGAUAUAAAGGGGACUCUUCGUUAUCUGCAAUCAGGUAACGUGUGGACCUUGACUUUUUCGAAGAUGGAAGGCCUUUUUCAGAAAACUUUCUAUUUAAAUUUAAUGCAGUUUCUAUGGAAAUAAUAAACUGACGAAGUCUCUCUCAGUUGUAAUACAUUUUCAUAAAAGUAUAGGAUGACUAGAAAUUUGUUUUGAAGUUGUUAUCAACCGGCUCAUUCAAACAACAAGCAAUGGUCACAAUAGAUCCGCACCGUACUCCAUACUUGAUAGGAUACGAUUGUGCAUGCUAGUUGACAUUUUCCACUAGAUGUUAUAAUUUUUAUGUGAUCCUGUACUGGAUAAUAUCCUAAACCCGUGCUUGGGAGAUAUAAGCUGACAAUUAAAAGAUUGGCAACGGAUAAUAAGCCGAUACCAAUAUUUAUAUCCUCAUAUAAAGGGACAUUUAUUUCGUCCAACAGUGUUUACUGUUUUGGUUCUUUGAGAAGACAGUUCGGCCAUCUAUAUCUGCAGGUGGUCUGUUAAUUGGUCGAACUAUUGCGGUGCUUAUUACCAUGACCUUGUCUACAUCCAUGGCUGCACAAGGAGGUACUCUUGCUAUGGCUGGUCACGAGAUAUGCUUACAAGUCUGGUUAGCUGUCUCCCUCCUUAAUGAUGCUCUAGCACUCGCAGGGCAGGUACAAGAUUCUCAAGUUCUUUUGUGGAAAUUCUUUCUAUGUAAUUUUCAAUGGAUAUUGAAACUUAUGACGACUUUGGUAUAUCACAUAUAUUUUCAUGUAAUUCUGGGUUCUCAUCAAACUAAUGCCUCUGUUCUGUCUUUCAUGAUGCAUUCUCAGGCUAUUCUUGCAAAUGUCUACACGCAAGGGAAUUAUAAACAGGCUGCAGUUGUAAUUAGCCGUGUUUUACAGGUGCAAACUACUUUCAUUGUCACAUCAAAUCGUUUCUGGAUUUCUCUGAAUUCUGGAAGAGAGCUCGAAUAAAUUACCUAUUUUUCCGCAUUCCUUUUUCAACAGAUGGGUUUAAUCACCGGAAUUUCUUUGGCCAUAGUUUUGUUCCUUGGUUUUGAUUCCUUUUCUACAUUAUUUACAACGGACUCUGAUGUGCUGGAGAUUGCACAAUCCGGCCUCCUGGUAAGAGGCUUUGUGGUUUAUUUAUUUAUUUAUCAAAAAAUUAGAUUAAAGGAAAAACUGUUGGAAAAUUUCUUAAAUUAACCAAUGCGAUGCAAUUUUUCAGUUCGUUACAAUCUCCCAGCCGGUGAAUGCUAUCGCAUUUGUCUUCGAUGGGCUCUAUUAUGGUCUUUCAGACUUCGCCUAUGCCGCAUAUUCAAUGGUAGGCACUUCGACCCUUUGUUGCUUCCCUUACAUUUCUUUCUGCGAGGAAGAAAUACCAGCAACUAAGCACUGUUGCUGGUCACGCAGGUGCUGGUCGCACUGUUCUCCUCACUUUUCCUCCUAGUCGCCACUCCUGUGUUUGGUCUUGCUGGCGUGUGGACCGGGCUGUUUCUCUUCAUGUUCUUGCGGGUUCUCGCAGGCUUCUGGAGGUAAAUCAGAACCAUCCUGCACAAAUCGGGAUCCUCCUCCUCCAAUGAUUCACAUACUCUGUAACCUCCUCUGUUUCAGAUUGCGUAGCAAAAAGGGCCCGUGGAAGUACGUUCAGUUGGAGGACCAAGGAGAAUGA